GCUUAUUGUUAACUUUUAGAUUAGGAUUAAAGAUAUGCUUAUUCUUUAAUGCUCCAUCAUUUCAUUACUUUCUCAAUUAUCUUUCACAGUUUCAAAGGUUAUGAAAUUAGUUUAAAUUGGGCAAUAAUUUGGUUCUUCUAUGUUUGGUGUUAUUUUAGCUAUAAAGUGAGAGAGAUGGUUCCUUGCUGGGGCAUUGUGCUGCUCUGUGUGCUUCUCUCAGUGCUCUAUGUUGCAAGUCUCUAUAUCUGGGAUGUCAGCAAAGGCAGGGAUCACCCAAGUACCAUCAAGAAGCGCUGCAUCAGUGUUGCUGUCAUGACAAUCUUGUCUCCACUCUUUGUCAAGUUCACCAUCAACCCUGAUGCCUUUUUACAGUACGAGUACCCUGCAAGUCCUGAAGCCUUGUUCAGACUGCAUGAAGUUAUGGGGCUUCGGUACGCAGGCCUGGGCUUUGCUGUGUUGUUGCCUCUGCUGCUCACUGCCACCUUCUUCUCAGGCCCCAUCAUCUACUGCGUCAUGCAUGCCAACAACGUCUUCUACUUAACACACAUCCACCACGCCAUCGAGAGAGUGCGCAUUGGCAUUCCGGUGUCGGCUGUCGCCCUCGGCACAAUAUUCCAGUGCAUCUUCACGUCGGUGUUCGGCAUGUACAGCGCCUUCUUGUUCAUGAAAACAGGUCACUUCGUAUCUGCGUUCGUGACGCACGCUUUCUGUAACCUGAUGGGCCUCCCUGACGUCAUCGAGAUCUUACAACUACCUGCACGACAACGCUACCUGCACCUGUGCCUGCACCUGUUAGGUGUGGUCAUGUGGUACCUGCUGCUACCAUCACUCACAGCCUCCUGCAGGUUCCAGACCGUCAUUAAUUACCUACCUGACUUGUGAGACCAUGACUACCAUCAAGCAUCGUAGUAGAUUUGUCUACACUGAAGGGAUGUUAAACGCUACUUGUGACUUCGCAACAACGAUCAAAUUUUAUGGCGGAGAUUCUUGUAAACUUGAAUGAAUUUUGUCGAUAUUUGUGAGACUACGGCAACCUGAAAACCCUGUUGUAGAUUAAUGAUAGCUUGAAGGAAAAGUUAGUAUUUGAAUCAGGCCCACUGUAAAAGUAUUCGGUUUCGAACAUAAGAAUUUAACCUGAGAUCCAAAAAAAUAAACUCGGUUUUAAGCACAAAUAAUAAAACUUGGCAAAAAUUCUAAAUAAAAUCGACGCAGUAUUGAGCUUCAAGCUUCUGCUUGCCUCUCUUGCCUCUGUGGCUUCCUCUAAUUUUUUACUCAAAUUUUGUGUUAGAUAUCGCAGGAUAACUUUAUCCUUCACUCCUAUACUUAAGUUCCUGUGCCAAAUUUCGUCUAACGUAGCCAUACCAUAUUACAAUUUAUUGCAUAUUACCCUUUAUUGCAUAUUACCCUUUAUUGCAUAUUACCCUUUAUGUUUAGUCUCUGGAAAGUUUCUCGACUGCAUUUUCCGUUGAAGUUGUUACAUGGAACACGACUCCAUCAGCAACCCUGGCAAAAAAAUCCUUUAAAUGCUUACAAGACGUCGAGCGUUUGGUUCAUUGCUUUACAUAAUUCAUUAAUACUAUUAAUAGCUGCACUCAAUAAGGUUGCUAUUAAUUUAUGUAUACUAUGAUAACCUUUAGUUUUGAAGUUCGGCUAGACCUUUUAAUUACUCUUCCUUUGCUACAAAUUCUAGUUUUGAACUAAUCGAUGUCUUGCAGAAAAAAAGGGUCCAAGUUCUAGUUUGCCACUCGGCUAGACUCUGUUUUUUAUGGAUUGUUUGCUGUACAUGUUUGAAAGAAAGCUAGACCUACUUUCGGCUUGCAUCCGAUUGUUAUUUUUAAUUAAGAAGUAUUAUUAAGUAUUGAAUAAAUAACCACUACCAUAAGUUAUCGAGCGUCGUGUUCAAUAUUUAAGUGUUCAACUUCUGCCUUUCACACAAUGUUAGCUCACUUAAAAAUGAACUGAAGCAAAACAAAUAAUUUAAACUCACCGGUGAACUAAGCCCAUCAUUAUUCAAUAGAUUUUUUUAUCUUAAAAAUUAUGUGCACCGAGUAUUAUUGAAGAGCAGCCAAUGGUGUCGGGGCUUGGUAGCGCGAUAACUCAGUUGUUGUGAGCGCAGGAGGAGGCGCUGAAGUUGCCCGUCGCGGCUCAAGCCUCGAGACGGAAUGUUUUUAUACAAGUUAACAUUGAUACCAGUUAACGUUGACAGCAGUUUAUGUUGAAACCAGUUUAUGUAGGCAGAAGUUUAUGUUGAAGCCAGUUCAUGUAGGCACAAGUUAAUGUUGAUACCAGUUUAUCUCGACACCAGUUUAUGUCGUCAGAAAUUUAUAUCGGCACAAGUUUAUGUUGAUAUCAGUUUACAUUGACACCAGUUUUCGCUGACACAAGUUUAGCAGUUUAUGUUGACAUAAGUCAACCAGUUUAUGUUGGCACAGGCUUAACCAGUUAACAUUGCCUCAAGCUGUCCCGUUGAUGUUGACAGAAGUAGCUUUUGUAGCUGAAGUCUUGAGCAGGCGAGUGCAGCUAAAGCAAUAGACACCAAGCCAAUAGCUUCAUCGCUCGUCGUCGCAGUCUUGCUGGUGAUAAUUUGCUGGGAUAAAACAUUCAAGUGUUACGUACUAAGUUGUGUUCAAUAGUAACGUCUUGCAUUUCCUUUGUAAAAUUACUAGUUUAUGAGGAAACAUUAAUCGGUCUGUGAAUCUCCUUGUAUAGCGCACUCGUCUGUUGUUCCCUUCUUAAGCAUGAACGUAACUCUUCAUGGAAAUUUAUUUUGUCUUCAUUGCUGACGUCAACAUGAACAUUUUUAUGAUGAUUUACUCUGUUGCUGAAGAAAGAUAUCGUUUGAACUACUCCCCGCACUUCAGCCUCCUGCCUAUGUCUAAAUAUUUUGCAAUACUAGACAUCGCCAUACUCUCAACUUCGUGCAUUUAUGACGAGAAUGAGAGAUUACUGAUAUUGCUCGGGCUUCCAAGCUGUACAAUUAAGAAGAAUUAGUAAUUUGCAGUAAUUUUGUAUAUUGUUACUCUAAAUUGUACCAUCUUCCUCUGCACGGCGAGCGUAUCUUUUCUCCAAAAUAUUUUAUUAUUCACAUGAAAUAUCUUCAUAAAUUACAAAUUAGAUAUUCUCAAUUCUGUUUGUUUCAAAUUCUGUUCUGUUAGAUACCGUCUGUUAUUCGCUGCCAUUCGUAUUGAAUAAGAAUGUCUGAUAUUUUACAUUAUUUUAAUUUCUAGCUGUGAUCUCUAGUCCGAAACUCUGUUG